AAAUAAAAAAACUUAUUAAAAAAAGAAAACAACCACUUAUCUGUUACCUGAUUAAUCACCUAAUUUGAUCAAUCUCUCCCACGGAGGAUUGGCAGUUUUACUUGUUUUACAUUGUAAACCCUUUAUAUUUUCACUAUUUGUUGGACAUAAAAUCUCAUUUAAAGACAUUUACAGAGCAAAUAAAAAUGGAUGAAGUGAUUAUUAACCAGUUUGUAUCUAAUAAAUAUAAUAAUAUUUUCUUGAUACCUCAGUAUAAUAUGAUGCAGGUACUUAAAAACUUGAAAAAGUGCCUAAAAGCCUGUGGCAGUUCAUGCAAUACUGAUAGCAAAAAGCUGCUUACUAAGGUAAUCUUAACUCUCUAUCCAGUGUCCAGUCAGCAUACUGGCUAUCACUCACGCUCAGAGGUCAUCAGUUAUCAGUUAUGAUGGUGGAGUGUUGCAGACCUUUGGAGCUAAGGUACUUUAGGGUGAACAUCACUGCAGUGAGCUUACUGGAGGUAACACAUCAAGAACAAGCAAAAAAAAUAAAAAUAAAUAAAAGAAGAAAGAAGAGAAACCUGAAGCAAAACAUAGUGACUCAUCAGUACCAGCGACAUGGCACAGUCGGAGGACAGUGUUAUUGCCUGGAACUGUAAUCAUGUGGCCCAGUGGCUGCAGGAUCAGGGUUUUGGGCAGUACGUGGAAUUAUUAUGCACACAGCACCGCCUUGACGGCCUCAGCCUGCUGGCUCUGACUGAGGCUGACCUGCGUGGUCCUCCUCUGGGCCUCACUGUGCUAGGAGACAUCAAAAGGCUUGCCAUAGCCCUCCGCCGGCUCCAAAGACAUAACCAGCUGCAGCUGGAGGAGCUUGGUCUCCGGCUAUCAGACAGUGUUCCUGCUGAGCUCUCAAUGAGCACUGUGGGAGUCGAGUGGAGCCGUGAUAGAGAUGAUAGGAGGAGGUAUAGUGGAGGUGAUCGCUUGUGUAAUGGGACUGAACUGCGGCUGAGGAACAAUGAACGAUCUAGAUAUGUGUCUGGAGCAGUGUUGUGUCAUACACACUCCAAUGGAAGGUCUCAGCAGAGGCUGGCUGGCAGAUUAGAUCCAGAGGUGUGGAAGACAGUCAUCAGUUCCAUUUAUGUGUUUUUUGUAUUUGGAUUCACCUCUUUUGUCAUGGUCAUUGUACAUGAACGUGUCCCAGACACAAGGACGUACCCACCACUUCCUGACAUAUUCCUGGACAGUGUGCCCAGAAUCCCCUGGGCUUUUGCAAUGGCUGAGGCUUGUGGCCUUAUUCUGUGUUACAUGUUUAUGUUGAUCCUGCUCCUUCACAAACACAGGUCAAUACUUCUCAGACGGCUGUGUUCUUUGAUGGGCACAGUGUUUUUGCUUCGUUGCUGCACCAUGUUUGUCACUUCGCUCUCUGUGCCAGGGCAGCACCUAAAAUGUGCCAGCAAGACAUAUGGUGAUACCUGGGGAAAAAUACAGAGAGCAUUGACUAUCUGGACUGGUUUUGGGAUGACUCUCACAGGAGUCCAAACUUGUGGAGACUACAUGUUCAGUGGACACACUGUUGUCAUUACAAUGCUCAACUUUUUUGUGACUGAAUACACACCACGAAACUGGAAUCUGAUUCACACCAUCUCCUGGGUGUUGAACCUGUUUGGGAUUUUCUUCAUCCUAGCGGCUCACGAACACUACUCCAUCGAUGUGUUUAUCGCCUUCUACAUCACCACUCGUCUCUUCCUCUACUAUCACACCUUAGCGAACACUCGUGCCUACCAGCACAGCCGCAGGGCGCGCAUCUGGUUUCCCAUGUUUUCUUUCUUUGAGUGCAAUGUGAAUGGGCCCGUCCCCAACCAAUAUCACUGGCCCUUCAACAAACCUGCCUUUAUGAAAACUCUGAUUGGAUAAAGAGCUUCCAAAGAUGAAUGGACUGUGAUAUUAGUGCCUCAAAGAAAAACCUUUUAACUUAUUUAACAAAUUAUUCUAAUGUUUUGUAAAAAUGAAUCGCCUAUAUUUGUUUGUUCUCAGGCUUAAAGGAAGAGUUUUAAAGUUUGGGAAACAUUCUUUAUGAAGAGACUUGGAUGGAAAGAUUUACACCAUUCAUAUGUGUGUAUGCUAAAUAUGAAGACACCGCUAGGUUUAAUUUAGUUUAGCCCUAAAACAGGAAACUGGGAAACACCUAGCCUUGCUUUAUCUGAAAUCAAAAUCCACGUUCACUACUCCUAACAUUUUAUUGAUAUGCUUAGAAACAACAAUAACACUGCAGAAAAACCCAUAUUUCUUUACAACUUGUUGCUAACUACAGCUAGCAUUAGCUUUAUAUUUAACAUGAUCCCACAGUAACAGCAAAUGGUUAAAUCUAUUUCCUAAAUAUGUUUACAUGUUAAAUAGUUGCUUGCUGGCACACUACGAAAUUAUUACAAAGACGCUGGAAGUGGUGGCUGCCUUUAAUAAAUCAUUUUUAUCAUUUUUAGCGUCCACAUUGGGGAGGUUUACACUUCGCUGACUUGUUUUGGACUGUUUGUCUCACUUUGUAUUUAAUGUUAAUGGAUGGGGAUACAAUUUUCUUUUUUAGGGAACUACUGAAACUCUUUCAGUUUCAUGUUAAAGUUUUUUCUUCUUCUUCUUUUUCUUUUUCACUUCAAGUAAAUUGACUUUAGAGCUGCUUUGUAUUUCAUAGUGUCACUUUUGGGAGAGUAGAGUUUUCUACCAACAGUUAAUUUCAACCAAAUACACAAGCUUUUUUUUUUCAAAUUUGCCAUUCAGAUAGUUAUGUAGAUUUAUCACUUUAUUGUAAUUUGUUUUUAUAGUUUUCUACUUUUUUAAAAUUCAUUAUUGUUAAUGUAAUACGUGUAAAAAUAUGUGGAAUUUUAGUUGUUUGGCAUGGCUGAUCUGAAACAUCAUUUUUUUUUUAUUGCUAUGCC